AACGCAAAUUUCCGCUUAACCUCGCAUCAUCACGAUUGUGACGCCAUGUUAGUUUGUUCUGGCGCUUAAGUGUUAUAAUUUUUGUGAGUAAUGUAAUGGCUGUUAAAACGUGAUACGUAGUGUAAUAAAACUAUUUGACUGUGCAUUGUGGACAAUAAUUAAGGUUAAAAUGGAUCCAGCUAAAAUGAAAGUUGUGGAUCUUAGAUCCGAGCUUGGAGCUCUUGGUUUGGACACCAAGGGUAAUAAAGCGGCAUUGGUAGAACGAUUGAAGAAAGCCCUUGAAGCUAAAACUGAUAAAGUGUUUCCGGACACAUCUAUCAUGGAUACCACUACAGAGGAAAUAGAUGAGCCGGAAACUCCAAGGAAAACCUCUCCAGCUGCUAGAGUUACUAGAAGAUCUUCAACUUCACGAUUAGCAACACCGGCUAAGCCUGUAAGAGAAGAUUCUCCAGAACCAAUUGAAGAAGACACUAAAACAGAAUCAGAGGUACCUAAAGAUCCUGAGCCGGAGGUUGCUAAGGAGGAAUCACCAAAGAAAGUUGAACCUCCACCGAUAGAGGAAUCACCAAAGAAACCGGAUGUUGAAGAUAUAAAAGAAGUUGUAAAUGAAGAAGAAAGCAAGAGUGAAGAAAUGGAUCAAGAUGACCAACUAAAAGAAGAAGUUAAUACACCUGAAUUGUAUGAACCUGAAAGUCCGAAAGACGACAGUAAUGAUGGAGAAGGUCAACAGGAGAAACUUGAAGUUGAAGAGAAGGAACAGAAGAUGGACCAUGAUGGAGAAGAAGAGAGCGCAAGUAGAGAUAGGAGAGUCUCGGAAGAGGGUAGAGAAAGAGAUUUUGAGCUGACAGAAGAAGAGGAGUGGGCAUUGCUGAACGAAAGACUCUUGAUAAGAGAACAGGAGAGGCUGGAGAGAGAGCGGAAACAGGCGGAAGAAGAUGCAAAGAAAUUUGAAGAGUUUAGCAAGGAUCCGAUAAAGUUGCAACGUUUAAAACGCAAGCAGGAGAAGAAAGCUCGCUGGAGUAACUUCUACAAGACUGUUGCGGUCACCAAUGAAGUGCUAACUCCACCUAUUGAGGAGGAGGAGAAACUUCUGAGGAAGGUUGAGACGGCGACUAAAGCCCCAGAGCCUGAGGUCAAUGAUGAUAAAGUUACACUUUCCUGGUAUGACAGUGACUUGAAUCAAUUCCUGGAGCUGCCGGAGCUGAACUGCGUGGUGCCGAUGAACGAGGGCGCGCUCGCGCACGCGUGGGCCGGCUGCCGCGCCACGCACGGCGUUAAUGCAGGACGCGUCUGCUUUGAGGUGCGGGUUGGUACAGUAGUAACAACGACUGAGGCUGGUGAAAAGGAGGUGAUCAGUAAUGGACUUAGGGUGGGCUGGUCAACUGAUGACUCCAAUUUACAUCUCGGUGACGGUCAGCUGAGCUGGGGCUACGAGAACACGGGCCGCGCCGUCAACGAGGGAGAGUUCAAGGAGUACGGGAAAUUAUUCACUGAGAAGGAUGUUGUUGGAGCUUAUGUUGACUUGGAUUCGACUCCCUGUACUAUAUCGUACACGUUGAACGGCGAGGAGCUCGGCGUCGCGUAUGAAUUCGACAAGGUCCUGCUUGGAGAUAGACCUCUCUAUCCGCACAUCUUGACUAAGAAUAUCUGCUAUAAAGUUAAUCUAGGAUAUGAAAAGUACAACUUGCUCACACGUACUAAAGUCGUUCGCCAACGUAUAGAAGUUCCAAUCGAGCAAGUACUAGAAGAGAAGAAAGCUCGAGAAGCGGAAAUCGAACGUCUCAAAGAGGAAGCCAAUCGACGCAGCAGAGAGCGUAGGGAGAAGGAGCGUAAAGAGAGAGAGGAUAAGCAGAAGAAGAGAGAUGAGAGGGAUAAAGCAUCGCGCGAGAGGAAGGAGAAAGAUGCAGAGGAGAAGAAAGAGGAAGUAGAAGAGCCAGAGGAGGAGAGAGAAACGCAAGAGGAACCUGAGAAGGCAGAUGCUGAGGAGUCUACAGAGACCAAGCAGGAGAAUGGUGACUCCGAUGUGAAGAAUGAGCCGAUGGAAACAGACAAUGCGGUUGUUCAGGAGUCGCAGACUAAGGAGGAGGAGAAGACGACAUCUGAUAAAGAAGAAGAGAAACCAGAAAUUAAAGAUGAACCUACUAAAGAUGAUGGAAAAGAAGUGAUUGAAGAUGAUUUUCUCAAAGGACUUUUAUUAGACAAGCGAAUGAAAAAUGUCAUUAGAUACGUGGUGUCAGAGGAGCUGGACGGUGCCGAGGCCAGUCUGCUGGCGGGCUACGUGCUGGUGGCGCAGGCGCAGCUGCUGGCGGGCCCGCGCGCGCCGCUCGCCGCCGCCGACUGCGAGGUGAUACUGAUGGUGGGGAUGCCGGGCAGCGGCAAGACAUUCUGGGUGAAGAACCACAUUGCUGCCAACCCCACCAAGAGAUACAACAUACUGUCUACUGGUGCACUGUUCGAUAAGAUGAAGGUGGACUGUAAGCCAUUCCGGAGCAGCUUCGAGGGCCGCUGGGACGCCAUGGUCACCAAGAGCGCCAAGUGCGUGCUCAAGCUGCUGGAGGUGGCCCGCGGCCGCAAGAGGAACUUCAUCCUGGACCAGACGAACGUAUACCCGUCGGCCCAGAGGCGCAAGUUGAGGGAAUUCGACGGUUACCGGCGCGUCGCCGUUGUCGUUGUCACUGACGAGGACACGUACAAGGAGCGCCAGAAGCGAAGAGAAGAGGCCGACGGCAAGGAA